GUGAUAUUGGAAAUUACUAUUAUGGACAAGGUCAUCCCAUGAAACCUCAUAGAAUCCGCAUGACCCAUAACCUGCUGCUAAAUUAUGGCUUAUACAGAAAAAUGGAAAUAUAUAGGCCCCACAAAGCCACUGCCGAAGAAAUGACAAAGUACCACAGUGAUGAGUAUAUCAAAUUUCUGCGGUCCAUAAGGCCAGAUAACAUGUCUGAGUAUAGUAAGCAGAUGCAGAGAUUUAAUGUUGGAGAAGACUGUCCAGUGUUUGAUGGACUCUUUGAGUUCUGUCAGCUCUCUACUGGUGGCUCAGUUGCUGGGGCUGUGAAGUUAAACCGACAGCAAACUGACAUGGCUGUUAACUGGGCUGGAGGAUUACAUCAUGCAAAGAAGUCAGAAGCCUCAGGAUUCUGUUAUGUUAAUGAUAUUGUGCUUGCCAUUCUUGAAUUACUAAAGUAUCAUCAGAGAGUCUUGUAUAUUGAUAUAGACAUCCAUCAUGGCGAUGGUGUAGAAGAAGCCUUUUAUACGACAGAUCGGGUAAUGACUGUAUCAUUCCAUAAGUACGGGGAAUACUUUCCUGGCACAGGAGACUUGAGGGAUAUUGGUGCUGGAAAAGGCAAAUACUAUGCUGUUAAUUUUCCCAUGAGAGAUGGUAUUGAUGAUGAAUCAUAUGGACAGAUAUUUAAGCCUAUUAUCUCCAAGGUGAUGGAGAUGUACCAGCCCAGUGCUGUGGUCUUACAGUGUGGGGCAGACUCACUCUCUGGUGACAGACUCGGUUGUUUCAAUCUCACAGUCAAAGGUCAUGCUAAAUGUGUAGAAGUUGUAAAAACUUUUAACUUGCCAUUGCUGAUGCUUGGGGGAGGUGGAUACACAAUCCGCAAUGUGGCUCGGUGUUGGACUUAUGAGACUGCCGUUGCCCUUGACUGUGAGAUUCCCAAUGAGUUGCCAUAUAAUGAUUACUUCGAAUAUUUUGGACCGGACUUCAAACUGCAUAUUAGUCCUUCAAACAUGACAAACCAGAACACUCCAGAAUACAUGGAAAAGAUAAAGCAGCGAUUAUUUGAAAAUUUGCGCAUGUUACCUCAUGCACCUGGUGUCCAAAUGCAAGCUAUUCCAGAAGAUGCUGUUCACGAAGACAGUGGGGAUGAAGAUGGAGAAGAUCCAGACAAGAGGAUUUCUAUUCGAGCAUCCGACAAGCGGAUAGCCUGUGAUGAAGAGUUCUCGGAUUCUGAAGAUGAAGGAGAAGGAGGCCGUAGGAAUGUGACUGACCAUAAGAAAGGUGCCAAGAAAGCCAGACUGGAGGAAGAUAAGAAGGAGGCAGAGGACAAAAAAGCAGAUGUUAAGGAAGAAGAGAAAUCCAAGGACAAUAGUGGUGAAAAAACAGAUACCAAAGGAGCUAAAUCAGAACAGCUCAGCAAUCCUUGAAUCGGAGUCACCAAUUGCAGAAAAUUAUUAGAAAGAGAAAAUAUUGGGAGGAAAAUGUUUUCUGUUUGAAGACUUCUGGCUUCAUUUUAUACUACUUUGGCAUGGACUGUAUUUAUUUUCAAAUAGCUUUUUUCAUUUUUGUUUUUCUUGGCAAGUUUUAUUGUGAGUUUUUCUAAUUAUGAAACAAAAUUUCUUUUCUCCACCAUGCUCUCGUAUGUCAUAGUAUUUAAAAUUGAUGUGAGUUAAUAUGUCAAAAAAACUGAUCUAUUAAAGAAGUAAUUGGCCUUUCUGAGCUGAUUUUUCCAUCUUUUGUAAUUAUCUUUAUUAAAAAAUUGUACUUGGAUU